AUGAACCCAGCUUUGACCUCCAUCUGUUUACUGGUCAUCGCUAGUCUGACCCGAGCAGACGAUGUCCAGUUACUGACGUCUGCGUUGUUAGGCUUCUCCCAGAAACUGUACCAGAAACUGGCGGAGGGAAAACUCGAGUCUAGCAUCUACUCACCCUACAGGUAU